AAGACAACGAAGCAACCGACUUCGACGGCUCGAAUGAAGGCAGGCUACCAGCCGUACGGCCGUGUAAGCUCCCGCGGAGAUGUGCGCCGAGGCAGUGGGUGGGAUCUACGCGUGGCGGUGCUCAUGGUCUUCCCCGCGAUUUGUCUCGUCGUGGUGCUCUAUGAGUUCCUCUACCUGCAGGAAUACGCGGCCAGUGGCGCCGCAGUAGACACCCCGAUUGAGGAUCGCAGUCUCCACCUUCGCGCGGACAAGGAGGUGGUAAUGGCCGUUCCAGAGCCCACGGACCCACCGUCCAUCGUCACCGGACGCAGCACUAUCAUCUUGGUUGCCAACUACCGCGAUUCAACAAGGUGCUCGGAGACGUUGCGCUCGAUCUUCGACAACGCUGUGGCACCCGACAACCUCAAAAUAAGCGUCUACGAUCAGAUCUAUCCGGCCGAGAAAGAGCACCAGUGCGUGGAUGUCUUCUGUGAGCUCGUGGGCGAGGCAUACUGCCGCCGUUCGCAGAUCGUGUCAUCUCAAAUUGACGCUAUCAAUGCGACUGGCCCCACUGCUGCGCGAUAUGAGACGGAAAAAGCCAUCACGGACGAGAAUUUCUGCAUGACGAUCGAUUCCCACUUGGUUUUCAUCCCCCAAUGGGACGAGAAGAUCAUAGCGCAAUGGGACUCGUUGGAGAACCCCAAUGCCAUUAUAUCUGUCUAUCCAAAGUCCACAGAGCAUCUAACGAAGCACGACGUGGACGACAAAGUGCAGCUCAUGUGCAUGUCCCGCAUCGAGACGCAGGACCCGGACUCUAUGGUGCAGUACGCAGCCCCCAUGUGGAUUAACAAGAAGGACACGCCGAAGCCACGACUGAUGUCUCAGCUCGCUGGAGGAUUCAACUUCGGAGGUUGCAAGCAGGCGAAGGAGGUCCGCAACGACCCAUACACACCGUACCUGUUCCAUGGCGAGGAGUAUUCGCGCGCUACGCGGCUCUGGACUGCCGGCUACGACUUCUACGUGCCGUCAGAAGACAUCGCCUACCACUGGUACGAGAAGCGGAAAGUCGUGUGGGAGCGUGACUGGGGCGAGCGCUAUGUAAUACAACAGCCGUCCAAGCGCCGCAUUCGCUACAACCUUGGACUUUCCGUCACAAAGGAAGAUUUCGAUCGCACAGACCUGGAGAAGUUCACACUCGGCACGAAGAGGACGUUCGAGCAGUGGAAAAACUUUUCAGGUAUUGAUCCGCUGGCAAAAUUUGUGUCAAAUACUGCCACCCAGUUUAACAACUGCCGUAAGCUUGAGUACGUGCCGUACUAACGGCUCUUAGCUAGUGGAAGAAGACGGGAGAUGAGUGACAAGCAGCGGGGGCUGUCAGGAUUACGAGCGCAUGACCGCUCAUUAAUUACAUCUUGCCGACUAAAAGUUGAAGCAUUUGACCGUCA